AUGGUCAACUUGUCUCCUAGUUCUAGGGGAAGCGUGAAACUUGGGUCAAGCAAUCCUUUUGAUGCUCCUUUGAUCAAUCUUGCACUCUUCAUAAAGGAACCCGAUCUCCACACCGCCAUGGCCACCCUCAAGCAUGCACGAAACUUCUUGACUGCGCCUAUUUUCAGAGACUACAUUCUAGGAGAAUGGGGUUCAUUAGCUCAAGCACAAAUGGAUGAAGAGAUUAUAUAUCCUGAGGGUGUUGUUAACCCUGACUUAACUGUGAAGGGUAUUAAGAAGCUCCGCGUCAUCGAUGCUAGUAUUUUCCCUUUCAUACCUGCAGCCCACCCUCAGAUUCCAAUUUAUGCGAUUGCAGAACUCGCCUCGGAGAUCAUCGUAGGGGAUUACAUGUUAAACGCAAGGUUAUGA